UGCUGCGCGCGCCGUUCCGGAAGUCUCGCGAGAGUCAGCGGCGGGCUGCCCUUGGGAGCGUGGUUCUUGCGGGGCUCGUAGUGCGGGGUUCGGGCUGAGCUGCCAUGGCGAAGAGGCUGCUCCAUCAGUACACAGACAUCCCAGACGGCACCGACUGCCACCGCAAGGCCUACGCUAGCACCGCUAUCAGUACCACCGUCGGCCUGAUCUGGUCUGGCUACAGCCUCACACACAGGGCCCCAGGCUCCAUCCUCGAAGGCGUGGCCAGGGCCGGAAGGUACACAUUUACCGCAGCCGCCAUUGGGGCCAUAUUCGGCCUGACCUCCUGUAUCAGUGCCCAGAUCCGAGAAAAGCCCGACGACCCCCUGAACUACUUCCUCGGAGGCUGUGCCGGAGGCCUGACCCUGGGAGCACGCAUGCACAACUAUGGGAUCGCCGCGGGCGGCUGCUUGUACAUGGGCGUGAUGGCCAGCCUCGUCAAGAUGGGCCAGCUGGAGGGAUGGGAUCUGUUUCCAAGCACCAAGGUGUAGCCCUGCCACCUCCGCCCCCUGGACCAGACCGCCUGGAAAUAAACCCUGUGACCUCUGUGUGUGCUGGACCCAGGGACCCGGAGCCAGCUCAGCGUCACCUCCAGGGCUGGGUGCCCAAGUCUAAGAGCUGGCAUUAAAAUGAAGGCUCCAAGUUCAA